UCAAUUUGUAACUUGUUGUAUUAGUCAUAUAUUCUACAAACAACUUUAUUUCACAAUAAAAUAAAAUUUUUAAUACAGGUUUUUCGUUUAAAUCACAUCAUUACUUCCUAUAACAAUGUCAUCCCGUAAAACAGCUGGACGUCGUGGGACCACAAAGAAGCGUGCUCAGAGAGCAACUUCUAAUGUUUUUGCCAUGUUUGACCAGGCCCAGAUUCAAGAGUUUAAAGAGGCCUUCAACAUGAUUGAUCAAAAUCGAGAUGGAUUCGUUGAUAAAGAGGAUUUACAUGACAUGUUGGCAUCCCUUGGUAAAAAUCCUACAGAAGAUUAUCUAGAAGGUAUGAUGAAUGAGGCCCCUGGGCCUAUCAACUUUACAAUGUUUUUAACAUUAUUUGGUGAACGGCUUCAAGGCACAGAUCCUGAGGAUGUUAUCAAAAAUGCUUUUGGUUGUUUUGAUGAGGAGAACAACGGUGUGAUUGCCGAGGAUCGCUUACGUGAGCUGCUCACUACUAUGGGCGACCGAUUCACCGAUGAUGAUGUCGACGAAAUGCUACGCGAAGCACCUAUCCGCGACGGACUCUUCGACUAUGUAGAGUUCACUCGCAUAUUGAAACACGGCGCCAAGGAUAAGGACGAACAGUAAGCGAUCGGUGCAGGCAGGUUGUAAGGAUGUGCAAUCAAUACUUAGGGUGAGGACAAGUCAGCAUUUCGAAUUUUGACCGUUUAGGCGUUAUUUAUCGGUAUUAAAAUAUUUGUACUAUAUUAUAAGAAAAAAAAACUGUACAGUGAAAAUUCGCUUGGGCUUGUCCUUUGAAAAUUUAUACUUUUUAACACUAAUGUGAAAUGAUGGUACGAUUAAGUUAGUAAGGCAUCUUUUGGUAUUUUAUUACAUUUAUGAUGACAUUAUAAUGACGAAUUUUUAUUUCUUAUAACUAAGUUUCAUAAUGGUACCAGUUCUUUUGAUUUGACAGCUACCAAAAGUGCCUUAUUAACCAGUCUCUAGUAUUGAAAACUGUGUCAUAAAUUACAUAAAGAAUCAACCUGUUCGUCAUAAGAUCUUGAUAUUUACUAUAAAUUGGUAGAAAUUGUAUAAGAAAUAGUUUUGUACCUAUCAAUCUCGAAAGAUACUGAGGGUGCUAAGUAAACCUAGUUCCACGCUGCAUUUUUUUUUUUUAUUAAUCAUAUGCAUUUGUCAAUUUAAUUUCGUGUUUUAAAAUAAUUGGUCAAUGUAGUUUAUUGAGUAUUCAUUGAAUUUAGCGUUCAACUCCUUUUAGUACAAGUAUGUGAUUGGCCGACAGUAUUUUAUGAUCAUUCCCUGAAUUAGAAGCAAGUAGUCUCUCUGUGUAAUUAUUUUAAAUGAAGUACUUAUUUUUUAAGUUUAAACGAAUCUAUUAUAACAAAGUAAUGAUUUAUUUAAAAUUAUGAAUUAUAUUGUGUUUUUUAAUCAUAAUAUAGGGCUUUGUUUGCAAUCAAUUAUUAUAUAAAGGAUGCAUUUGGGUGAUUUAUUGUGCUUUCCAUAUAUUGCACAUAUAAUAUUUGAAAAUUUCCUAUAAUUGGUUGCAAUGUUUUCAUACAUUUUUGUCGAUUGUUUGGACUAUAAUACUGUUCAAUAACUAUUGUAAUUCAUCAUAGUGUGUGUUAUUUAGUAAAUAAUAAUCAUGUAUGUAUUUAUAUUGUCAGACUGUACGUAUAUUAAAUUUGUACUUUAAA